UAGAGUUUAUUUUAGCGAUAUAUACCCUUGAGCACUUACAUACGUUGGACUGCCUAUAAUUCUAAUUCUUAUUCCUUGAGCUCUGAGGACUUUGGGUUCCCACGCUUUCCCGGUCCGUCGCUUCGCUACGUCGGUGUACAUGAUGCUGCACCCUGAUCGUCCUCCCAUUACUUUACGAACUGGAAAGUUCAAAGAUAAGAAUUGCCGAGAUAAGGCAAAGCCGGGGUUCGAUUCGCGUCAGGCCAUGGUUACCGAUCGUGCCUUGCUCAGGUUGCAGCGGCGUGGUGACGUCUCUUAUCUACACUCUAUGGAUCUCCCAACGCUGUGCAUAAAGAACCAAACUUCUGCCACUUCACCGACCACAAUGGAAUUUCCCACCGAACCAGUCGCCCGCGGCGUUGAAAUCCCGCAAAAGAAGGAAAACGAACUUUCUGUUGAGCAGAUCCAAGAGAUGACCGACAAUGCUUCUAAACACAUCAAGGAGGGUGAGGCGAAGGGGAAGGGAACGGAGAUUCAGCCGCCAAAGGAUUUCAGGCCAGGGAUGAGUGAUGACCUUUGAAUGGCGACAUUACUUGAAGACGAGAGAAGACGAGGAUGGGGAUGAGUUUCGAACUUGCCAUUGAGAUGUUUACGACAGGAACGACGUAUGAGUUAGGGAUGCAAAGACAGAAUGAUACCACGAUUGCAAUAUCCAGAUUCAGCGCUCAUUUCCUGCAUGUUCGCCGUUAUUGCUUUUACACGAGUCCAUG